AUGUCUGCCCCCAGGCUUCAUGUGGAAGAUUUCAGCCUGGACUCUUCCCUGUCUCAGGUCCAGGUGGAGUUCUACGUCAAUGAGAACACCUUCAAGGAGCGGCUCAAGCUCUUCUUUAUCAAAAACCAAAGAUCCAGCCUGAGGAUUCGGCUGUUCAACUUCUCCCUGAAGCUGCUCACGUGCCUGCUGUAUGUUGUCCGUGUCCUGCUGGACGACCCGGCCCUGGGCAUCGGAUGCUGGGGCUGCCCAAAGCAGAAGUACACCUUCAAUGAGUCGUCUCCUGAGAUCAACUGGGCACCCAUCCUGUGGGUGGAGAGGAAGAUGGCUCUGUGGGUGAUUCAGGUCAUCGUGGCCAUAAUAAGCUUCCUGGAGACUAUGCUGCUCAUUUACCUCAGCUACAAAGGCAACAUCUGGGAGCAGAUCUUCCGCGUGUCCUUCAUCCUGGAAAUGAUCAACACGCUGCCCUUCAUCAUCACGAUAUUCUGGGCGCCGCUGCGGAACCUGUUCAUCCCCGUGUUUCUGAACUGCUGGCUGGCCAAGCACGCGCUGGAGAACAUGAUUAACGACUUCCACCGGGCCAUCCUGCGGACGCAGUCGGCCAUGUUCAACCAGGUCCUGAUCCUGUUCUGCACCCUGCUGUGCCUGGUCUUCACGGGGACCUGCGGCAUCCAGCACCUGGAGCGAGCGGGCGAGAGCCUGUCCCUGCUGACAUCGUUCUACUUCUGCAUCGUCACCUUCUCCACCGUGGGCUAUGGCGACGUGACGCCCAAGAUCUGGCCAUCCCAACUGCUCGUGGUUGUCAUGAUCUGCGUGGCCCUCGUGGUGCUCCCGCUGCAGUUUGAGGAGCUCGUAUACCUGUGGAUGGAGCGACAGAAGUCGGGGGGCAACUACAGCCGCCACCGGGCCCAGACGGAGAAACACGUGAUCCUGUGUGUCAGCUCCCUCAAGAUCGAUCUGCUCAUGGACUUCCUGAACGAGUUCUACGCCCACCCCCGGCUCCAGGACUAUUAUGUGGUCAUCUUGUGCCCGACUGAGAUGGACAUCCAGGUCCGCAGGGUCCUGCAGAUCCCCCUGUGGUCCCAGCGGGUCAUCUACCUCCAGGGCUCCGCACUCAAGGACCAGGACCUCAUGCGAGCCAAGAUGGACAAUGGGGAAGCCUGCUUCAUCCUUAGCAGCCGAAACGAGGUGGACCGCACAGCAGCAGACCACCAGACCAUCCUCCGAGCCUGGGCCGUGAAGGACUUUGCCCCCAACUGCCCCCUUUAUGUGCAGAUCCUCAAGCCCGAGAACAAGUUUCAUGUCAAGUUUGCAGACCACGUGGUGUGUGAGGAGGAGUGCAAGUAUGCCAUGCUGGCCCUGAACUGCAUCUGCCCGGCCACGUCCACGCUCAUCACCCUGCUGGUGCACACGUCCCGCGGCCAGGAGGGCCAGGAGUCCCCGGAGCAGUGGCAGCGCAUGUACGGGCGCUGCUCGGGCAACGAGGUGUACCACGUGCGCAUGGGCGACAGCAAGUUCUUCCGCGAGUACCAGGGCAAGAGCUUCACCUACGCCGCCUUCCACGCGCACAAGAAGAACGGCGCGGGCAGCCGGCGGCCCAGCAUCGCGCCCGUCAUGGAGCUGGCCGACAGCUCGGCCCUGCUGCCCUGCGACCUGCUGAGUGACCAGUCGGAGGACGAGAUGACGCCCUCGGAGGACGAUGGGCUGUCGGUGGUAGAGUACGUGAAGGGCUACCCCCCCAGUUCCCCCUACAUCGGCAGUUCCCCCACCCUGUGCCACCUCCUGCCCGCGCGGGCCCCCUUCUGCUGCCUGCGGCUGGACAAGGGCUGCAAGCACAACAGCUACGAGGACGCCAAGGCCUAUGGCUUCAAGAACAAGCUAAUCAUCGUCUCCGCAGAGACGGCGGGGAACGGGCUGUACAACUUCAUAGUGCCACUGCGGGCCUACUACAGGUCCCGCAAGGAGCUGAACCCCAUCGUGCUGCUGCUGGACAACAAGCCCGACCACCACUUCCUGGAGGCCAUCUGCUGCUUCCCCAUGGUCUACUACAUGGAGGGCUCUGUGGACAACCUGGACAGCCUGCUGCAGUGCGGCAUCAUCUACGCGGACAACCUGGUCGUGGUGGACAAAGAGAGCACCAUGAGCGCCGAGGAGGACUACAUGGCCGACGCCAAGACCAUCGUCAACGUGCAGACCAUGUUCCGGCUCUUCCCCAGCCUCAGCAUCACCACGGAGCUCACCCACCCUUCCAACAUGCGGUUCAUGCAGUUCCGCGCCAAGGACAGCUACUCCCUGGCUCUUUCCAAGCUGGAGAAGAGGGAGCGAGAGAAUGGCUCCAACCUGGCCUUUAUGUUCCGCCUGCCGUUUGCUGCUGGCCGUGUCUUCAGCAUCAGCAUGUUGGACACGCUGCUAUAUCAGUCCUUCGUGAAGGACUACAUGAUCUCCAUCACCAGGCUGCUGCUGGGUCUGGACACCACCCCAGGCUCCGGCUACCUCUGUGCCAUGAAGAUCACCGAGGGUGACCUGUGGAUUGGCACCUAUGGCCGCCUCUUCCAGAAACUGUGCUCUUCCAGCGCAGAGAUCCCCAUCGGCAUCUACAGGACCCAGAGCCACGUCUUCUCCACGCCCCACGACCUUAGAGUCCAGUCCCAGAUUUCGGUGAGCAUGGAGGACUGCGAGGACACGCGGGAAGUGAAGGGACCCUGGGACGCACGGGUAGGGACCGGUGGAGGCGGUGGCAGCACCCACGGCCGGCAUGCGGUCGGCAGCGACCCAGCCGAGCACCCCCUGCUGCGGCGGAAGAGCCUGCAGUGGGCCCGGAAGCUGAGCCGCAAGAGCCCCAAGCACACGGGGAAGGCGGCGGCCGAGUGGAUCAGCCAGCAGCGGGCCGGCCUGUACCGGCGCUCGGAAAGGCAGGAGCUGUCGGAGCUGGUCAAGAACCGCAUGAAACACCUGGGGCUGCCCACCACCGGCUACGAGGGUGUAGCAAACUUAACAGCCAGUGAUGUCAUGAAUCGGGUAAACCUGGGAUAUUUGCAAGACGAGAUGAAUGACCACCAGAACACCCUCUCCUAUGUCCUCAUCAACCCCCCGCCCGACACAAGGCUGGAGCCCAACGACAUCGUGUAUCUCAUCCGCUGUGACCCCCUGGCCCAUGUGGCCAGCAGCUCCCAGAGCCGCAAGAGCAGCUGCAGCAACAAGCUGGCCUCCUGCAACCCUGAGACUCGCGAUGAGACGCAGCUCUGA